AUAUUCCACCCUUUCAAACACGGCAUAAGUUAAGAAAUUCAAAUGACAAAACCGUUUUCUUUCAUCCUUUUCUGACCACCCGCCGUCGACCGCCUUCUCUUUCUACCUUCUGACCAUUUUCGGUCGCCGCUCUGCUAUUGCCUGCAAGCACCACAGCGUCGGCAAUCCAACAAUAAGAUCUAACAGCAAGGCAUCAGUCAAGGAUCCACUUCUCACCCUGAGUGGUGGCUAUAGCCUCUUAACUGAAGGAUAUGAGGAUUGAAGGCUUGAAGAAUUGACUUGCAUGUAGCUACUGCAGCCUUCUCACCUUUCAUUUGCUCAAAGCUCUUGUUCAAGGCUUCAACAUCAGCGGAGAACCCACAUUCGCUUUCUUCUCAAGUAUUACCAGUGUCAGUGUUUUGGAUAUAGCAGAGCAAAUGAAGAAGUAUGGAACAGAAGAGUUGGCCUCAAUACCUAGAGCAGGAAAAAGAAGGGCAUGAAACAAUGUCUUUCUCCUGUGAAAAUACUUGCAUUUCUACCUCUUGAUUACGUUAUACAUGGCACUGAUAGGCAAGGAUACAAGAGAGAAAGAUGUUUCUAAUCCCAAAGAGGUCUACCUUCAAACAGAGUGACAGAUGGAUAGGCCACGAUGAGCCAAGUUGGUGGACAAACAGAAACAUCUCGUUUAGAAUUCGGGUCCUCAUCGUCGCCUUCAUCUUCCAUCCUCCUUCAGCCGAUGAACCACCCAAGAAAAAAAGCUCCUGAAAGUACAGAUGCAGCUGUUCCUUUUGCAUCUUCACUGAAGUUGCUGCUAUUGCAUCUCAUUUGUGCUCUAGGCUUACCAUCAGCUUUCUGGGUGGCAUUCAAUUCUUAUUCCCUUUCUCUCAUCCAAAAUUCAGCCCAAACCCUCCUUGUAGUGUGGGCUAUUGAGGCUUCAGUGGUGAUCCUAGUCUACAGUCUGUUGAGGCGAAAUCCAGAUCAAUGCUCUAAUGUCAAAGCCAUAGUGAGAGGACUGCUGGGUCUGCUUGCCGGUGCUUUAGUGAAUGCACUUGGAGCAAUUGUAUUAGGUGCACCUGUUGGAAUUCAGCACUUUACAAAGACAAUUCACUGGUCUCUUCUCAUGUCAGUCUUCACGUUUGUCCCUGCAGCUUCUGUUUUUGGUUCAUCUUGGACUGAUUGGCAUCGAAUAUUUGCUCAGACAAAGCCAAUUGGAUCUACAGAUUUUAUGAUCUGUUUCCCUGCACAUGGUGCUGUUAUUGGGGCUUGGUUUGGUGCGUGGCCUAUGCCUCUUGACUGGGAGAGACCCUGGCAGGAGUGGCCGAUUUGUGUGACAUAUGGAGCUAUUUUCGGCUACUUGCUUGGAUUGGUAGUAUCAUUUGGAUUUGUGGUCUACAAUAACCAAAGAAAACAUGCAAAGGGAGAAUAAUAUGGAAAGAAAUCUCAUAGCAUAAUUUUAUGGUUCAAAGUAGCACUGAUUCACAAUGCUCGGAUGAAGUUUGUCCCAUAGUUAAGGCUGUAUUGCUGACAUAUCUCAGUUGCUUUUGCAAAUGUUUUGGGUACUUCAGGAAGAAUGCUUUUUUUUCAUAAGCUCCUCCUACAUUAUUCUUGGAUUAUGUUAAGGAACCAAUUAAGAGAUUUGACUGUUGUUGACUAUCUUUGCAAACUAAUCUUCUAUAUUUGCUUCGUUUCUUUGA